AUGCCGAGGGGUCCGCCGCCCCAUAAGUGGGACCCCCCAAACCCUGCGCUCCCAUCCCCCACCCGUACUCCGCCGCCUUCAACCCUAGCACCCCGCCGUGCCACGUGGGAGCAGGGCUACGGCACCGCCGCCGUUGCCGCCCCCUGCGCCGCCAAAUUCACCCUCGCCGGCGCGUCUUCGGUCUUCCCAAGCCCGGCACGACCUUCCUCACCUGUGGGCGCCGCCGACCGAGGCACCUGGAGCCCUGCGGCCCACCCCAAGGCCACCUGCCACGAGCUCUCACCUCCCCUCAUCGCCGCGGGUAAGGCCCUUCCCGUCGACCGCCCCCCUCCUGUGCCGUAUGCUCGUGCUAAGACCCCCAGUAGGAUCCCAGUGUCGCGCUGGUGCUGCGCCGUGCCUGGCUCGGCUCAAACCCGAGCCGGAACCCCGACCGUGCCGUUCGCCGGCGACCCCGUGCCGCCUCUGCCGUGGGGAGCAUCGCCCCGAGCCCCAAUCCCCCGUGCUGGCUGCCCAGACGAGAUCGCCGUCAUCCAAUCCCUCUUCCUGUGCUAG